UUAUCAUGUUUGCUGGAUACGACUAUACCAUACCGGAUGAACAACGAUGGAUCGAGAUGCGUAAAAAGUUGCAGCUGCACCGCUUGCAAUUGUCUUUCACUUGCGCAGGUUGCGCUCCCAUUCCAGCGCCAAUUCGCGCUCAGGAUUGAGAUUCCGUUCCGAGUCGCUAAGUACAAAUAACAGUUAUUAUUGCAUGGAUCGGAUUGGUUCUCUUACAACGAUUUCUAGCACAUUCAUGGUUUUAGUAGUUUUUGUGUGUGAAGAAAGAGAAAAUAAGUAACGCCGUAACUAAUUAAGUAUAAGUGCUUUCUUCUCGAAAUCAAAUUAAAAGUCUACGUUUAAGUUCAUAAUUCCAAUUCGGUUCUGUAAACUACAAAGCAUUCGUCACCAGGCGCACCAGGACACCAUGGCAGGAGAUGACAACUCCGCUGCCGUGCCCGCAACAAGCGCACCACGAGGAGGCUCGGACCACACUGCGCAGCAGGAGACUUCUUUGGACGACAGCGUGAUAGACGCGUUGAUUUUUGACUGCGAUGGCACCUUGGUAAACAGCAUGGAAUACUUUUGGAUUGGCUGGGCGCAGCUGGUCGAAAAAUACAAGCUGAACUUCCCAAAAUCCAAAUUUUACGCGCUUGCCGGCACCCCCGUGAGGCAAAUUGUCGAGCAAGUACUGGACGCGUCGGAGGGGUACUCCAGCACUGACCAGGCGUUUGUGGAUAAAUUUCUGGACGAAAAGUUUCAAAUCGUUGAGGCUAUGAGGGCGAAAGGUAGUAAGUAUUCACUUGAUAAAUACGCUUUGACGAAUGGAAUCUAGUCCCAGUCUACUGCGGGGACUUUCAAAUUUACGACUUUCUUGACGUCGCAACAAGUGCCGUAGAUCGUACCUACGACACCAUUACAACCACGCGUUUCCAUUCCAAUACUAUACGACCACCAUCAGGUGAAUACCCGGGGGAAAUUACCUGUGUGACUCGGUUUGCGAAGGAGGCGAAAAAACAAGGUCAGAAAAAACUCGCCGUGGCCAGCAGCGGGGACAAAGCCCACGUGCUUGCGGACCUGGAGCGAAAUGGCCUGACGGAGCUCUUCGAAACGAUCGUGACGCGAGAGGACGUGGUGAACGGAAAACCCGCUCCGGAUUUGUUUCUCGAAGCUGCCAAGCGCUUGAACGUCGCGCCCGAAAAGUGCCGGGGGUACGAGGACGCGGAUUUGGGGCUCGAAAGUCUCAAACGCGCCAGGUAUGCGCAAAGUGUCGACGUCCGGCUGUUGCCGGGAUACCCCAACUGAAAACAAGUAUUUGGUGCACAGCCACCUCCUUCGCACAUGAUGUAAAAUCCUCCGCCAGAAGAUCUGAAAGUGACGAGCAUCGAUGCUUUAUAGUCCUGAUAAGAGCUACAUAUCAAAAAUUAUAUCGUAUAAAGAAGUAAGAGUAACACGACCAGGACCACGACUUGUUCGGAG